CAUAGGGACGAUAGGGACAUUUUGAGGAGUGGGUCAAAGGCGGACGUGAACGCCCCCUCCCCCUUCUGCCUUGUGCCGGUUGGCAGUGUGCAACGCGCGGAUUGAGUCAAGCAAACCUACCGAGAGGUGGUGUUGACCGACCGCAGCAGGUUUUCUACAAGAAACCUUAAAGCUAAAACUUUGUAAGUUAACAAACAGCAACUCUAUGAAGUUAGUUUUUAAAAUAGCAGCCACGGACAUCAGAGUCAAGGCAACAAGACAGGCUGAGGAAAGUAAAUCCAUGAAAUCUAGCGCCUGGAGCAAGAGUAAGGAUCAAAGCUAAUGCUAAUACGGAUAAGCUAGCUCAAGCUACUGCUAAAUAAUAUACCGAAACUUGCGAUAUUUUUUAGGACUUAUCUGACAGAACAAUAACCGGAAUAGACUUUUGAGUCGCUUAAUCAAGGAGUAUUUUAUCUUUAUAUAGAUCUCUGGAUUUUGCUUUUGCAUUUUAGGCCACAGGCGACCCAUAUUGAGGUUGUAGCAUUAGCUUUAGCAUCUGUGUUAGUGGGUUGACGCCGGUUCAGUCGUAAAUCCGUAUAUCUAACUCUACGAGAGCCUACAAAAACUUCUUAUAGGUGACUAGUUGGUGUUAAAUAGGUUAGCUUAAAGUUGUUGCUUUCUAAGCAUCAAUGCUAAAACAACAACAGACUCCUGGUUCAGGCGGGAGAAAGACGUCAAACGGAACCACAAAUCCGGCUGGGAUGUCUACCCCUGUCAGCGGCGGGAACAGUGGCAAUAGGACGCCCGCAGGGAGGAACAGAAAUUCAGCAAAACCCUCCUUUCAGUCAUCUUCUGUAUUUGAGGGUGUUUACAAUAAUGCCAGAAUGCUUCAUUUUCUCACAGCAGUUGUGGGCUCCACUUGUGACAUUAGAGUCAAGAAUGGCAGUGUGUUUGAAGGCAUUUUCAAAACCCUUAGUUCUCGAUGUGAGCUAGCUGUGGAUGCUGUACAUAAACGCUCGGAAGACGAGGGUUCCACAUCAACUCCUCCCCGAAGAGAAGACAUCACUGACACCAUGAUCUUCAGCCCUCAAGACCUAGUCACGAUGAUCUGCAGAGACGUGGAUCUCAACUAUGCCACACGAGAUACCUUCACAGACACCGCUAUCAGCUCCACUCGCGUCAAUGGAGAGCACAAAGAAAAGGUUUUACAAAGAUGGGACGCUGGAGACAAUAACGGAGAGAGUUACGACCUUGAAAACGACGCUUCUAAUGGAUGGGAUGCCAACGAGAUGUUUCGUUACAAUGAAGUAAAGUAUGGAGUCACAUCAACAUAUGAUUCCAGCCUCUCAAUGUAUACUGUUCCUCUAGAAAGAGGGAACUCUGAGGUUUUUCGUCAAAGAGAGGCUCGUGCUGCUCGUCUUGCCAGUGAGAUUGAGUCCAGUCCUCAGUAUCGCCAUCGUGUCAGCCUCGAAAAUGACGAAGGAAAGAGUGAGGAAGAUAAGUACAGCUCCGUGGCGAGAGAGGGCAAUGAUCGGGAGAGGGGUCGAGAGAGCCCCCGAGAGCGCGAACGGGGAAGAGACAGUCCUGGAGCAAGUAGCAGGGAGGGCAAGUACAUCCCACUGCACCAGCGCCAGAGGGAAAUGAACCGUGAUCGGGACAGAACUGGUGGGCCUCCAUCUCAUCGUGGAGGUUACCGCUCCACCCCUCCAUCCUCUUCCUCAUCUUCUCCCAGACCCCCAUUACCUUCAGCCACAGGCCCGCAACCUGGCACCUCCCCCUCAGAGAGGAGUAGCCCUUUGUCAGGUCGUGGUGGGGCCUAUGCACCGCACCAUCCUCAGGGCAGUCCCAGCCCAGGCCCUGGCUCUGGACCUGCCAGUCCUUACACUCCUGCUUCACCUGGAGGACCUGCGCCCUCCACACCCACUACUACCGCCCCCUCCCCGGCCAGCCCUCCUGCCCCCCACACAAACACAGUUCCUCAUUCCCACUCACUUCCUCACUCACUGUCGGACGCUGGUCGGCCCGUCAAUGGAGUGUCUGCAAGAACCUCUCCCAAAGCCCAAAGACCUCCGCAGCCCGGUCGAUCAGGUCGCACUCCAAAUUCUCACUCUCAGUCAACAGCUUCUCGCUCUCCUAAAUCGGGAUCCUCACAGGACACACCGUAUUUAGACACAUCAUCUGUUUCAUUGCCUGCCCAGAAGACAUCAGGUCCUGCGCCUCUCUUCCCUGUAGAUGUGAAUGAGAUCCUGUGUGCAGCUGCAAAGGAACGCUCUGCUGAGAGUCCAAGCAGCACAGACGAGAGCAAAAGUACUAAAGCUCCAUCUAUUCAACAAAGGUCGCAAAUUGAGGAGCUGCGCAAAUUUGGCAAAGAAUUUAGGCUACAAGCAAGUGGUGGCAGCUCUCCUGGUUCACCUGCCACAGCGACCCCUCCAACUGGGACUGAUGUUAGCCAAUCCAGUACAGGAAAGUCUCAACCAGACACACCCACUGAGCCCAAAUCUCAGAUGCCUGCAUCCCAACCACAAUCACAAGCUUCCCCAGUCCCAUCCGAAGAACCUAAAGACACUGCUGCUACUUCCGGCGUCACAAUGACCACCGGCUCUGACAGGCAGUCACCCGCCACUCCUCAGCCCGCCAGAACCCCUGGAAGUGAUGAGGGCAGGUCUGAUCCAGAGCGCACAGAUGGAGUGACUGAUCAAGUAAAGAAAUCCACAUUAAAUCCCAAUGCUAAGGAGUUCAACCCCAUUAAAACACAAAUGCCUAUGACAAAGCCAAACACAGCACCAACGCCUCCUCGGCCCACACCCCCAAGUCCUGGGUUCCUGCCGCAUCCUGCUGCAGGACAAGGACAACUGUACAACUCUCCCUACCUCUCCUAUGUCUCUCAGAUCCACUCUGUACCGGCACCACAAAUGUAUCAGUACACUAUGUCAACAGUCAACCAAGGGAAAUACACCAGGACCAAAGGCUCAGUUGUGGCUCCACGCUCAGAUCACACAGCAUCCGCGACCCCCCUAAUUCAGCCUGCUUCAGCCGCAGGGGCACCUCUGGUGGCAUCUCCAUACCCUCAGUCCUACCUCCAGUACAACCCACAGCAGUACGGGCAGCAGCAGGUCAUCCAAACCAUGUCGCCGUAUGCGGGUCAGCACAUGUACCCCAUGUUACAAGGAGGAGCCCGCAUGAUUGGACAAGGUGGAGGUCCACACGCACAAGCCUUGGGCCCGCCAGGUGCCCCUCAGUUCGCUACCCAAGGAGAGGGUCCUCAGGGUCCACAGCAAGGCAUUUAUGCGCCACAAUCCUUUCCUCACCAUUCGGGUUCAGUGCAUCAGCCACAGCCUUCUAGUACCCCAACAGGAAACCAGGCCCCACCCCAACAUGCUGCUCCCAGCCCUGGACAGAAUGCCCAGUCUGCUCCUCAGCCCCAGUCCCUGUACCACUCCGGUCCCCUCUCAGCACCCACCCCUCCCAACAUGCCCCCGGGUCACACAUCUCCACAAGGAUCCUACCCCAUUCAGGGCUACAGCAUUCACCAAGGCAUCCCCCCCACAUACCCUCUGGGCCAGAUAGCGCAGGCACAUGUACAAGGAGCCAUGUCAGGCCCUCAUCAUUCUGGCAGCCACGGACAGCCUCAGUUAGUAAUGCUGCCUCCUCCUCAGCAAGGUCCUGGUGCAGUGCCCCAGCACCCACAGCAUGGACCCCAGCAAGGAGCACAUCAACAUUUCUACAUAGGGCAUCCACAAGCAAUGCAGGUACAGACACACCCACCUCAGUUUCAUCCAUCUGGAAACUGAAUCCUCCUUUCCAACCCAACCAAAACUGUCCCUGGAAUGAGCCCUGACAACAACCCUCUGCCCACUGGAUGUGAGGC